GUCAGGUGACCUCCCGGCUCCGCCCCUGUCUCCCUCGUCUGCCCGCCCGCCUCGCGCAUGCGUGGGAGGCGGUGGCAAGUUGGCGCCUCGCGCGGCCGGCUGGCGGGAUGGGGCUGAGCCGGGUACGGGCGGUUUUCUUUGACCUGGACAACACGCUUAUCGACACGGCCGGGGCGAGUAGGAAAGGCAUGUUGGAGGUGAUAAAGCUCUUACAAUCAAAAUACCAUUACAAAGAAGAGGCUGAAAUCAUCUGUGACAAAGUUCAAGUUAAACUCAGCAAGGAAUGUUUUCAUCCAUCCAAUACAUGCAUUACUGAUCUAAGGACUUCACACUGGGAAGAAGCAAUUCAGGAAACAAAGGGUGGUACAGCCAAUAGGAAAUUGGCUGAAGAAUGUUAUUGCCUGUGGAAAUCUACACGUUUGCAGCAUAUGACACUAGCAGAAGAUGUCAAAGCCAUGCUCACUGAACUUCGAAAGGAGGUCCGCCUACUGUUAUUAACAAAUGGAGACAGACAGACCCAGAGGGAGAAGAUCGAGGCUUGUGCCUGUCAGUCCUAUUUUGAUGCUAUUGUUGUAGGUGGAGAGCAGAAAGAAGAGAAACCAGCACCUUCCAUAUUUUAUUACUGCUGUGAUCUCCUUGGAGUACAGCCUGGGGACUGUGUGAUGAUUGGUGACACACUAGAAACCGAUAUACAAGGAGGCAUCAAUGCAGGGCUGAAAGCAACAGUCUGGAUAAAUAAAAAUGGAAUAGUGCCACUGAAGUCAUACCCUAUGCCACAUUAUAUAGUUUCUUCUGUGCUAGAGUUACCCGCUCUCUUACAGAGUAUAGACUGCAAAGUCAAUAUGUGAGCUUAAAGCACAUAAAAGGGCAUGAUUAUGUAUUUUAGGGUCAAAUUACAGGAUUUGAACUAAGAAAAGUUAAGGCAUUCCAUAUACUAUGACCUAGUUCUAAGAGUAAUUUUACUUUUGAUUUAAUGGCCAAUCAACCAUUGACUAGUAUUUAUAUCUGGAAAUCCAGAGUAGAUUAAUACAAGUUACUUUGAGUAGUAUAAUCCAGAAAACUUGAGAAAAUAUAUUAUUUGUUAAUCUGUGACUUGAGGUUUUUAAAAAAUUAUUUUAUUAAUCUUUAGUAUCUUGGAUCUGUGAAGACACCAAGCAGGAUAGUUUGUACACAGAUGUACAAAUGUAGGUUUAUGUUCUGGCUUAAAAAUAGAUAUUUUUUAAAAAGAUAGUCUGAAAGAGAUAUCUAAUAGAGAUUUAUCAGAGCAAUUGGAUCUGGUUAAUAUGAAAUAAGUACUGAGUCACAUGCAAAUCAAGGCAUUUCAUGGUGAAAUUAUUUUUUUAUUUUCUUGUUUUAAAACAUAUACACCAUAUUUUUGCCUACUUUGAAUGUUUGAUUCUCUUAUGAAUCUAACUUUUCUGCAUGACCUUUUUCGAGGGGCCCCCCUACUUUUCCUAUGGUGUAUACAUGACACAGAUUCCUCUAGUUAAAAAAAAGCUGUUAAAAUCAUCGUGUGGUGCUCCUUUUCCAUGACACUUCUACAUCUUCCCAGAGUGAGCCUGUAGGUUCCUCUCAGUCUUUACCUCUUAAGGAAUUCUUACUAUCUUUUCCCAGGUACACAGUGGGGUUGAGGGGACUAGAAUGUCUUGCUGGGGAUAAGUGCAUACAUAGGGUACUAAAGUCAUUUUCCUUAUGUGGAUGUAUCAGAGGGAAAUAGCCUUGGUGCAGCCUAACCAUGCAGCCCCCUCUAUUCUCUACUGACUGAAUAGUUUCACCCGUAUGAUGGAAAUAGGAAAUUAGGUUUUGCUAUGACCCAUUUCCAGGAUGCCAUUUUUAAUACUUGAGUGGCUCUUCUUGGUGUUACCAUCUGCCUUAAGUCUCCUGUUUUUCAAAUUUUGAGAAAUAUAUCAUCGUUUCACAAAUUUUUGUAUCCAAUUCAGGAUUCACUUUGAGCUUACUAAUUAAUGACUCCAUAGCAAGGCAUCUUGCAACUGGAAAAAUUUCUCUCGACCAUUAGGCUAGACUGUGUCAUGAUUUCAUGACCAAACUUGAAGUAAAAUGGUAAAGAAAAAAAGAAAUGAUCUGGGUUGUUUUUUGUUAGUUUUUUUUUUUAACUUUUGUAUAAGAAACUACUAAUAUAAAAUGUCAGACUGUCUGUUAGGCUAUGUAUAGCUAUGACUCCUUCAAGUAUCCUGUGAUUCUGAUACUUGGAUUCUAGAUUAUGCCUAUCCAUAAACCUAUUUCCUUAGCCAGUCACUUCUCUUCUGCUACCAAGAACAAGACUCCGCCAUUGUCCAAAUGCCCUCUUGUGUUUACUUCUCACUCAAUGUUUGAAAAUGUGAUUAUGCCCGUGACUGUUGUAGGUGCUGUUGCCACGAGGCUGAACAUUUGUGAUCAGGGUAUGUUUGUGUGUAGUUCCAGGUAUGGUGCCCAGGUGACCUCGAUUAUAUUUUAGCUAUUUAAAAAUUAUUAAGUUAGAGGAUCUUGACAGAAACAUAAUGAUGUGCAUGAUUUCUCUAAUAGAUUGAUGUGUGAUGCUGAGGGUUUGUCCUUUUAGCUUUCUCACAGGGUGGAUGUAGGCGACAUCACAUUUGUUAUGUUAACUGGAGAAGGCUGAUCGCUGCUGGAUCAUGGUAGCAGAUCUCAACAAGAUAGCUCCUAGGAUGUUAAGUGAGCAGUUCUUCAGCAAAAGUGAUCCUAGGGGGUGGGGAAUGGAAUAACUGGGUUUCCUUGUCUUCACAGUCUAUUCUAUACGGUGCAGUAAUGCAAUAUUACAUUCCAUUUGCACCCUUCCUUAGGGAAGAACUUUGUGGUUUUCUACCUUCUGAGUGGAAUGUUACAGAAGAUACUAAGAAAUCUUGGACCAGACCUAUGAUUUUAUUAAUAAUGUUUUUGCUUUAGGAAAAUACUCCUUAAAAUUAAAAGAUGAUGUAACAAUA